GAAAAAUUUGAUAUUGGGCUUGAUGAUGUUGAAGAUGAAGAGCAAUAUGAAAAGCUAAGUGAAAAGAGAAAAAAGACUUUGAUGAAAUCUUUGAAAAAGAAGUACAAAAGUUAUAGAGGAAGACUAAAAAGUAAUUAUUACGAUACUGAAGACACAGAUGUGGAACGGUUAAAGGAUGAAAAUAAACCACCGUGUGUUAACAAAAAAGAAUGGAAGUGGCUUGUGGAGUAUUUUGGAUCUCCAAAGUUUCAGGAGAUGAGUAAACGAAAUAGUAAGAACCGCUCAUGCCAAACUGCUGGACACACCGCUGGCACAAAGAGUUUUGCUCAAGUUAUUCAUGAAGUGUGUGAAAAAGAGCAAGUCAUGCCGAACAUAUUGGAAGCAUACGAGAUAACCCAUACCAAAAUUGAUAAGACGCCAGUGAAUGAUGUUGCGAAGCAAAAUAUUUAAAAAAUGAAGGAGCUUUUAGAGCAACGUGCAGCAGGGAAAAAUAAUUUGACGGAUGAAGAAAUUUAUGAAAAAGUUAAACCCAGAGGAAAAUGCCAACGUGAUCGUCGAAUGGGAGUAAGUCCUUCCAUUACAUCAAUGUAUGGGUCAUUCAGUGAAGGAGAACAAUUGCGUAAAGAAGCAGAAGAAGCAAAGAAAGAAGCUAAUGAGGCUAAGAAAGAAGCAUAUGAGGCCAAUGAGAAAAACAAAGUGCUCACCAAAGAAGUGAAGCGUUUCAAAGGCGAGAUGAAAAAUAUGAAAGGUUGUAUGGAAAAAUUGUUGGACAUCAUGGGUUAUGAUAUCUCAGAUUUAAUAACGAAUGAGGUUGACGAGGAGAAUGACGAAGUGUCAUCGGAUGGAGAAGAUCAGUGAAUUAUUUGAAAUGAUUUUGUCCUUAGCUUGUAGUUAUAUUUGACUUCACUUUUGAUUAGUAGGCAAUACAUUUCUUUAGCUAUGUAUUAAUAAAUUGAAUAUUAUUGACUUAUUAUAAAUUUUUGAAGUUAGUUAUUUACUUAUUUGUAAUAGUUGGA